AUGGCGGCUGCUGAGGAAUUUCGUGAAGAACCUGAUUUGUCCAGGGAGAGCAUGGAUGAUACCAGCCACAAUACCAAGGUUGGUCUAAUCCCGGAGUUUGAGCCCAUAGACUCUCUGCCUGAGCAGAAUAAGACCCUGGAGGACGAUGAAGAAGAGCUCUUUAAGAUGAGAGCAAAGCUGUUCCGAUUUACGUCUGAGGAUGAACAUCCAGCAUGGAAAGAGAGAGGGACUGGUGAGGUGAAGCUACUGAGACACAAGGAGAAAGGGACAGUUCGCCUUCUCAUGAGACGGGACAAGACACUGAAGAUCUGUGCGAAUCACUAUAUAACUCCACUGAUGGAGCUGAAGCCCAGUGCAGCCUGUGACAGGGCUUGGAUUUGGAAGACACUUGCUGACUUUGCUGAUGAAAGUCCAAAGCCAGAGCUGCUGGCCAUCCGAUUCCUGAAUGCAGAAAAUGCCCAGAUAUUUAAGGCAAAAUUCGAAGAAUGUAAGAAGGAGCAAAAAAAAACAGAGAAAAGCAGUGUUCAUUUUUGUAACACAUUGUGA